UGUUUUUAACGAACUCAAGUUGGCGGUCACGGUGAAACGUAACCUAUAAGUUGUCAAAUUUUACGUGUUUUUACCAUUUUUUACCCAAUAUUCAUUGUUUUUUGCAAAGUUAAACAACUCAAGAUUGCGCAAUGGAGCAGCCCCCUUCAAAGCCCCCCAUUUUCACCUGCAUCAGCUGCUGCGUCGCUUUCAAAGACGCGGAACUCCAACGCAACCACUACAAAACGGACUGGCACCGCUACAACCUGAAACGAAAAGUGUCCGAGUUGCCCCCCGUGACAGCCGAAGACUUCCUCCAAAAAGUGCUAAACCAACGAAACAUCGAACAAAUGGCGCAGCAAGACAAGAGCGUCUACUGUCAGACGUGUCGCAAAUCCUUCUGCAACGAAAACGCCUAUUCCAAUCACUUAAACUCGAAAAAACACAAAGAAAAUGAGAAGAGUUUCCAAGGGGGCGAACGACGCAGCGAGAGUAAAACUGACGAAGACGGAGAGUCAGACGUGGAGGAAGUGGAUUCCGACGAGUGGGAUGAGGAAACUGAAAACCCCAUCGAAGCUAAUGAUUGCAUUUUUUGUCUGCACCACAGCAAGAAUUUUUUGAAGAAUUUAGAACACAUGACGACGUUGCAUUCGUUUUUUAUUCCGGAUAUAGAGUAUUGUAUGGAUGUGUACGGGUUGUUGAAGUAUUUAGGGGAGAAAGUUUCAGAAGGUUUCAUGUGUUUAUGGUGUAAUGAAAAAGGCAAGACUUUUUACACUGCAGAGGCUGCCAGACAGCACAUGGUGGAUAAAGGUCACUGCAAGAUGCUUCAUGAGGGUGAAGCUUUAGCUGAGUAUGCAGAUUUUUAUGACUACUCAUCUUCAUACCCAGACGCUGAUAAAGAACACAACCCAGAUGAAGAAGUCGCGCUUCCAGAGUUGGAUGGGUCUGAUUAUCAGUUGGUUUUACCGUCAGGGAGUACCAUAGGACACAGGAGUCUAAUGAGAUACUAUAAACAAAAUCCUAAUCCUAACUCUGCUUUAGUUGUCAAGGACUCAAAGAAAAUGGGGCGGCUUUUGUCGUCUUAUAGGGCUCUGGGAUGGGUGGAAACUAGUAAAGAGGCGGCGGCAAGAAAGGCGAGGGAUAUUCACUAUUUGAAACGGAUGCAGGGGAAAUUGAGGGUGAAAUUAGGGGUGAAAGCCAACAAAUUCCAACCCCACUUCAGGUCACAAGUUAACUUCUAGACUAGAAAUGCGCGCCGUUAUAUGUCUCAUACAAUAUUCUGUAUAUAAGUUGAAUAAAUAAAUUAGCUGUCAUGGUG